AUGUCGUUCGUCAAACUCAGCAUCUUUGGAACUUCCUUCGAGGUCACAACAAGAUAUGUCGAUCUCCAACCAGUUGGAAUGGGUGCAUUUGGGCUCGUCUGUUCGAGCAAGGACCAACUUACGGGCGCGUCUGUGGCGAUCAAGAAGAUCAUGAAGCCAUUCAGCACACCAGUGCUGAGCAAAAGAACGUACCGGGAGCUCAAGCUUCUCAAGCACAUCCAACAUGAAAAUAUUAUCAGCCUCAGCGAUGUCUUCAUUUCUCCCCUUGAGGAUCUAUACUUUGUGACCGAACUCCUCGGAACUGACUUACAUCGACUGCUCACAUCUCGACCGCUGGAGAAACAGUUCAUCCAGUAUUUCCUUUACCAAAUUCUGCGUGGUCUCAAGUAUGUGCACUCAGCUGGUGUGGUUCAUCGUGACCUUAAACCGAGCAACAUUCUUGUAAACGAGAACUGUGAUUUGAAGAUCUGCGAUUUUGGUCUUGCGCGCAUUCAGGACCCUCAAAUGACCGGCUAUGUCUCCACACGAUAUUAUCGCGCCCCAGAAAUCAUGUUGACAUGGCAAAAGUAUGAUGUCGCCGUCGAUAUCUGGAGUACUGGUUGCAUUUUCGCAGAGAUGCUUGAGGGCAAACCCCUCUUCCCAGGCAAAGAUCACGUUAAUCAGUUUUCGAUCAUCACGGAAUUAUUGGGUACACCGCCCGAUGAUGUCAUCGAAACCAUAUGCAGCGAAAAUACGCUUCGAUUUGUCCAAAGCCUGCCAAAACGUGAACGCAUUCCCUUCAGUCAGAAGCUACGCACAGCGGAUCCUGAUGCCAUUGACCUUCUUGAGAAGAUGCUGGUGUUCGAUCCCCGGAAACGUAUAGAUGCCACCCAAUCGCUAGGGCAUGAAUACGUUUCGCCGUAUCACGAUCCCACCGAUGAACCCGUCGCCGCAGAAAAGUUUGACUGGAGUUUCAAUGAUGCUGAUCUCCCAGUGGACACAUGGAAAGUCAUGAUGUACAGUGAAAUUUUGGACUUCCACCAAGUAGGCGAAGCAUCGAUCACGGCGAGCGGAAUUCCAGGGGGUGCUCUAGCUGGGCCAGAUAAUGGCACUCUCCAAGCAAACGGGAUCGUUCUUACUGCAUGAAACCAAAACAUUGAUUCCUCGUGUUUUCGUUGCAUUGGUUCUGUUCGAUGAAGCCUUGUCUUGGACUUUUUUUUGCCGGCUUAGGACGUCAUGUAACCCUUUUAUUUUCUUUUCCUCUCCUACGUAUGACCUCUUGGUACCAUCUACCUUAUUACACGGCUCAUUCAAUUUUUCUUUUUCUGUUCGUUGACCGCCGAUUUCUCGUUCGGAUAUCACACAACAAACUAACUGUAAUUAUAAACCCAAGCAACCGAAAACUUGUAUGGACC